AUGACUGAUUAUAUUAACAAGAUCUUUGCUCGCAAGAUCGGAGGAAUCCGCGAGUGGUCAUGGGUCAUGGAGGUGCAAAAUCGUGGAUCCCCUCACAUUCACACUGUGUUGUGGACCGUUAAGCCCGGAGAAGGUCUUGCACAUCUCAACGACCUCUUCGUCGCGAGAAUGCCAGCCGUGGACGACCCUUUGUAG